CGUGUCUUCGUGUACGAGGUGUUCCCCACAGGUGGUCCCAACGCGCGCCUCCCCGCGGCGACACCCCAGGACUCUCUCCAGACUUUGUCCUGAAGUGGGAACCGGUAGUUUGUUGUGCGUCGAGCUGAAGUCAGAACUUUACCUGUGAACAGACCAGAAGCGGGGAGUGAGAAACUGGGAAGAGUGAUCAUGGCACUGGUCAGUGAGCCCUCGACGGGGGACCGAAGCGACGUCCCGGACCUGUUCCGGUUCCUGGCGGGUCCUGUCUCCUUCCCUCGCUGUGAGGACGCUGGUGAGGAUGCAUCCUUUCCUUAGUAGAAGACUCUGGUAUUGAGGGGGUCUGAUCUGAACUAUCCAGAGCUUACAGAAAGAUAGAAAGACACGUAAUAAUAAGUUGACAUACUGAAACAACUGGUCAGAAUUAUUUCUCGAAUCGAAAUAACUAUCUUUAUUAUUUAAUACCAUUAACUGCUGCAAACAUAACAACUGUUUUCUUUCCUUCUUCAAAACAUUAUCAUAGUCACAUUGAAAAUUGUUUUCGGUCUAGUAAUCGAACCCAACCUGUGAGUGACACCUACUCAAAACCGGGCAUCCACGAUCAACGAGUUUGACUCAGCAGAAACAUUCAGCUGAUUAGAUUAGUCGGAUAAUUGGCUCAUCGUCGUUUGUCAGUUAACGGCCACGCGCAAAAACAAGACCCUCGGCAGAUCUUUAAGGAGCAACAUGAGCGCCAAGACGAUUUUUAGCGGCUCACAAUCUGUCUUCAAUUGUGGGUAUAAUGCCGUAGGACCCCAAGCUGCUCUGCGAGGGGAAGUAGUCCCAGAAAGGGGCUCUGUUUACUAGAACGUUUCACCCUCAUUAACAUAUGCCCACCUUAACGGUGUGGGGACCCCGCCCACCUUAACGGUGUGGGGACCCCGCCCACCUUAACGGUGUGUUGACCCCGCCCACCUCAACGGUGUGGGGACCCCGCCCACCUCAACGGUGUGGGGACCCCGCCCACCUCAACGGUGUGGGGACCCCGGCCACCUCAACGGUGUGGGGACCCCGCCCACCUCAAUGGUGUGGGGACCCCGCCCACCUCAACGGUGUGGGGACCCCGCCCGCCUUAACGGUGUGGUGGAGGGUGUGUCGGGUCCGCCACUCAGCAGGAGGCCUCUCCAAGGGGCCGACGUAUGAACACAACCACAUGCCUGCAGCGUAUGGAAAUGCAUGGUCUGGACGAGUCACGCGAGAGAAAAGAAUAAUAUUUUCAUAAUUUAUGAAUUGUGUUGUUGUGCCAUUUUGAGAUCCGGUUCCACCGCGGAGUCAAACCCGGUUCCGCGGUGCGGUGACAGAACCGCGGAGGUGGAGGUGUCAGGACAUUGUGUUCCUACAGUCUGCAUCCUGCUGAAUAAAAGCACCCCGCGCUCGCCGCCAUGCGCGUGCCAGCAGCUCAGCCUGCGCGUGCGUGAAAACAUGACACUGUUUUGGUAAAACUAGCGCGUUCACGUGUGAUCCACAUCCUCUCACGCGUCCACGUAUGUCACGCAGGAGAAUCCAACAACACGGAUUGUUAAACGGCGCGUGUGUUUGAGGUAAACCCUCGAGGUUCCAUUAACGAAUCGGGUGAAACCGUAGCGACGCGUUUAGUGUGCGGCGCGCCCUCGCUACUCCGCUGAUCCGGCGGCGCGCUCUCCUCUGUUCCGAACCUCGUUCACGCCCAUCACGCCGCGUGCCUCACGUGAGUGGGCGGCGGCACGUGUUGGGCCACGGAGCGCGUGUGUCUGUGCGGGACUGGUCCGCUGCACGCGGUCCGCCUCAACAGAGCGUCACUCUGCGGGGUUCAGAGACACAAACAGUAGCGGUAUACUAUACUACACAUGUGUAUAUACCCCCACUGCGUCUGUGUAACUCUAACAUGGUCAACAAACGGACCGCUCACACAUUGUCAGUGCGUCCGUCCCGAGACCAGAGCUCUGUUCCGUCUGUCUGUCUGUCUGUCUGUCUGUCUGUCUGUCUGUCUGUCUGUCUGUCUGUUUUUUUCUGUCUGGGGACCGCAGCGGCCAUUGGGCGGCCGCAGAGCCGUCACGAGCAGGAACCCCCCCCUGGGCCGGGGAUUGAUCGCCCAAUACAUAUUAAUAGAUUCUUCACUUCCAGCCAAUCAGUGUGUAGGAUGUCCCCAGGAGGCGUGGCUCACAGCUCAUUAAUAUGCACGAUCCUCUCGGCGGGUGCUGAGGCUGGCGGCUCGCGGUACUUCUGUUGUUUUGACUCCCAAGCGUGGAUGAGCGGGCGCGAGCAGACCUGAGGAUAAACCCGACAGCGCGUGUUUAACGUCCACGGUAGUUUAACUUAACGUCGGCCCGCCAGACCCGGGAUGAUGUCCGGUAAAGCGUCGCUCGCCAUGGCGCUCCGACAGAGUAGCGCGGCUCCACAGAAACCCACCGUUCCCUUCGUGUUGAAGAAGAUCCUGGACAUCCCUCCGCCAAGCAUCCUGGAGGAAUGCGACGACGACAUGGGGAAGGAGAAGCUCUGCUCCUCCUCCUCCUCCUCCUCCGGGGCGGGGGGUGAGCGCGGGGGGGCGGGGCCGGGCGGGGCGGGCGGAGUCUCAGCGGGGGGGGGAGGGGCCGGAGGAGGAGCAGGGGGAGGGGGCGUGUCGGCCUCCCUGACCCCGGCCAUCUGGGAGCGGACCAUCCCCUACGACGGGGAGACCUUCCACCUGGAGUACAUGGACCUGGACGAGUUCCUGCUAGAGAACGGCAUCCCUGUCACCGUGGAGACCAGGACCCCCGUCACCGUGGAGACCGGGACCCCCGUCACCGUGGAGACCGGGACCCCCGGGACCCCGGUCACCGUGGAGACCGGGACCCCCGGGACCCCCGUCACCGUGGAGACCGGUACCCCCGUCACCGUGGAGACCGAGACCCCCAUCCCCGUCACCGUGGAGACCGGGACCCACGUCACCAUGGAGACCGGGACCCACGUCACCAUGGAGACCGGAACCCCCAUCCCCGUCACCGUGGAGACCAGGACCCCCGUCACCGUGGAGACCGGGACCCACGUCACCAUGGAAACCGGAACCCCCAUCCCCGUCACCGUGGAGACCAGGACCCCCGUCACCGUGGAGACCGGGACCCCCGUCACCGUGGAGACCGGGACCCCCGUUACCGUGGAGACCGGGACACCCGUCACCGUGGAGACUGGGAACCCCAUCCCCGUCACCGUGGAGACCGGGACCCCCAUCACCGUAGAGUCCAGAUUCCACGUCACCGUGGAGACCGGGACCCCCGUGGACCCCCAGGUGACCCCGGGGGACCCCAGCGAUGACCCCCACAAGCAGUGCUUCUCCCAGGCGGUUGCUACGACUACACAUAGCGCUGAGGAUGCUGAGGUGGUCGCCAACAGUACUGCCACCGUUGCCGUGACGAUGGAGACCGCUGAUGAUGCUGCAUCCGCCGCCGCCUCCACGUCACCCCCCUCCCCCCGGGCCCCGCCUCCGGUCGGCUCCGCCCAGGAGGCGCCGGAGACCACCACCCCCCUCCUGCCCAGAGGAGGCCCUACCCAGAGCAGCCCUCUGAUUGGUCCAGCCCUAACGACCAGGGACCGGUCGGCGGUCCCGGGGCUGACCCCGUCCUGGUUGUGGUCCGCAGGGCGCCGGGCGGUCCGGGACCCGGACCCCGAGGCCCUGGACCCCGAGGCCCUGGAGGUGGAGGUCCAGUUCCAGCCGGACCCCACAGACCUGGUCCUGUCCAGUGUGCCGGGGGGGGCGCUCUUCAACCCCCGCAAGCACCGCUUCUCCUCGGAGGAGCUGAAGCCCCAGCCCAUGAUCAAGAAGGCCCGCAAGGUGUACGUCCCCGACGAGCAGAAGGACGAUAAGUACUGGUCCCGCAGGAAGAAGAACAACGUGGCGGCCAAGCGCUCCCGGGACGCCCGGCGGCUGAAGGAGAACCAGAUCACGGUGCGCGCCUCCUUCCUGGAGCGGGAGAACGCCGCGCUGCGGCAGCAGGUGACCGAGCUGCGGCGCGACUGUGGCCGCUGCCGGAGCGCCGUGGCGCGCUACCAGGCGCGCUACGGCCCGCUGUAG